AAUACAUCAAACGCAGCGCUCUAUGAUAUAUUAUUUGGAAAUGAAAGCAUAACUUACAAAACAAUAGGAAAGAAAAAAAAACACACGUCAUUGGCGGAUCUAGGGGGGGGUGUCCGGGGGUUGAACCCCCUUUUUUUUGCCGAUCAAUGCAUUUGAAUGGGAGCGUAUAGCUGGAACCCCCCUUUUUAAAUGGCUGGAUCCGCCCUUCUGACUUAUAUAUAUACAUGCCCUUACAUCAGCAAGAACGUAGUGUAGGACUGAUAAUAAUAUAAUAAUAAUAAAUAAGCUUUAUUUAGAGUCGGCAAGGUAUAUAAACAUAGACAAACAUAAGCUCUAAUGAGUUUUUAACCGACGUGUCUAAUGUUAUUCCAUCCAGACGUAGUGCUUAGUUCUUCAGAUAGCAACCAAUAAACUCCAUCAAAAUUCUACUAUACUCUUUACCAACAAGUACUGCUAAAAGCACACACACACACAUACAUGUAAUUUUCAAAUCUAAGAUUAUUUGCAUAUUUCGCUAUCAUUUAAUUACUACAUAUAAUAGUGAGCAAAGGUACAUUAUUUGUACCAGGAUUAUAAUUUAGUACGCCAGACGCGCGUUUCCUCUAAACUAGACUCAUCAGUGACGCUCAUAUCUAAAUAUUUAUAAUGUCAAAAAAGUACUACAUUAAAUUAAGAAAGGGAAUGGGGAAUGUGUUAGCGACAACAACCCGACUAUAGAGCAGACAACAACCACAGGCCAUUAAUGUUUCUACAUGUUUGUUUUCAUUUUGAUAAUAGCUUAUUUAUUGUUUCAUUAAAUAAAAACGAAUUCUCUGAACAGAUGUUCAACAAUGCAUGAAAUUAUUGGAAAGACUGGAUAAAGGUAAAUAUUGGAAAGAGUGGAAAAGCUAAGCAGGUAGCAUGAAACGAAUGCAGAAAAUAUCAUUCAGAAGAUGUGGACGUAAUAAAACGUUAUUUAUAUUAUUGAUGUGUGGAUAUUGUUCCAUCCAAAUAGCCUACUUGCAAUAUUACUCUACUUACAUAGAUGUGUAUAUGAACUUAGAUUUUCUGAUACCUAAUUUAGAACGAAUAUCAGCUAACAUACAAGAAACAGGAACUUCUAAAGUGGAGCCAUUAAAUAUUUUUAUGAAGGAGGAUGCAUACAGAAUAGAUCCGUCCGAAAAAAUCUGUGAUAAUUCAAAUUGUGAUAACUUAAAGUUGUUAUUAGUGGUGAAAUCAUAUGUGCUAAACUUUGGUCAACGUAAUGCUAUACGUAAGACUUGGGGAGGUAUUGAUGGAAUACGAACCAAAGUUAUUUUUGUUACAGGCUAUAUAGACGAUGUGAAUCCUAGUUUCAUUGAAAUAGAAUCAAAACAGUAUAAAGAUAUUCUUCAGCUAAGUAUUGAAGAUACGUACGAAAAUCUUGUUUACAAGACAAUUUAUUCCCUUUUGUGGUUAUCAGACUUAGAUAUUCCAAGUGCGUUUGUGCAUUUCGUAGAUGAUGAUAGAUUAGUUAAUACGUUCAAUGUAUAUAACGUCGCUAUCAACAGCAUCACCUCCGUAGAUUUAGUAAUAAUAGGUUAUAAGUUAGAUUUUUCAAAACCGCAGAGAGGUAUCAAUUCCAAAGUAUACAUUUCGCCAAAUGAGUAUCCGUUUUCAUAUUUUCCAUCAUAUAUAAUAGGAGGAACGAUCUUGACAAAUAUGAAAACUGUAAAACUGUUAGCAUUAGGUGUCGUUUAUGCAAAGAUUAUUCAAGUUGAGGACAGUUUUAUUGGAAUAAUAGCAACAGCUUUUAAUAUAGAAAUGAAACAUCACCCUGGAUUUUUACCAUAUAAACAAAAGACACCCAAUCAUUUACCUGAAAUAUUAUCUUCUCCUGGAUAUGAACUUACAUAUGCUUUGCUUAGAGACUGGAAGAUUAUUGAAAAUAGUCACACACAACUUUUACCAGCACCAUUAUUGCGUUUACAUCAAUAAACUCGUCAAAAAUACUAGGCCUAUUAUGCAUAUGCAAAUGAAAAUGAUGUACGCCAGAUGCUCAUUGGCCUACAGAAGGUACGGCGAGGCCCGAAUCAAACGAGUUAAAAAGGCCAAAUGAAGAAUUACGAAGUUCAAGAGGAUUGUAGACCCAAGGUUACGAAAGGUUAGAGCGAAUACAGAUACGGUCAUCUUGUCCUGGUGGAGAAUAUUCUGAGGAAUUAUUUAGUCUCAAUUGAGAGACUGCAUAAAUUGAAAGAAGUCAUACUAUUACCAUCUCCGACAUUGCAAAUGUGUCAAUUGAUGAUGAAAUUAUAACCGAUGAAAAAAUAUGAUACAUACUGUAAGGGACGACAUCAAAAGGUCGAUGUAGGAUAAAAAACUUAAAUCGAAUAGUUUGGGGAUUUUUUUUUUGGGAGGGGGGAUAGGUGUCAACUUUGCUGCAAGUUUUGUUAAUAUAAAAUCGAUUUUACAUAUGUAGGACUCAAAUCUAUGGCGGGUUCCAAAUCUAUGGCAGAUUCCUAAUCUAUGGCAAAUGUGACGUUACAAACGCCAAACAACUCACAUCUAUGGCAGAUUUUUGUUUUCUCCAAAUCUAUGGCAGAUCUAACAUAUAACGUCACAGUUCAAUAACGCCAUCAAACUCCGUACAGUGAUCGUUUCCGUUCCGGAACUUUUUUCCUUUACUCCAUCACAUUAGUGUAGAGUAGUAUUCGGGCCCGUAUGCGGAUCGGAACUGGAACUGCCGGGGAGUUUGUAACGCCAUAUUACAUCGUCGCCGUCGCAAACGAUGACGGAACCCAUAGAUUUGAACAAAAUUUUAGAUGACAACAAUUUGACGAUGGUCUACAUAAAGAUGUGACCCAUUAUCCAGAAUCUGCCAUAGAUUUGGAACCCACCAUAGAUUUGAGUCUUACACAUAUAUCCAUAUAGGUUUAAAAAAUUUAAAGUUUCCGGGCCAAAUUAAGUUAAGAAGGGGGGUAGGGGAGUCAGCGAAAAAACUAUGUGAAUUAAGUUUUUUUUUUAUCCUACAUUGAACUUGUGAUGUCGUCCCUUACACCAGCAUAUAUUUGAUAAGUUUAGUUCAGUUUAACUUUUAAAAAUAUUGUUUUGUAUAAAUGAACAAUAGGAUUGAAUGUAAAUGAUAACAAAUUUAUCCUCUCCAAAUAAAUAAAAAAAUGCAAAAUUUCAAAGAUGACAAAUAUAUGAAAAAAAUUAAACAUUAAACAUAUUAUAUUAUAUUACAUCACACAGUAACUGAUGGAUAAAAGUACAUUUUUAAUAUAGCAAUAUCAACCAAAGAAUUUUUUAUGGCAUAUAAAACUGUAUUAUGUUUCGAAAAAGAAUUAUGUUUUGUUCAACAAUUAUUUCGUCUGUUCCAAAUUAAAUAUGUUUUAUGGAAAUUUCGUCAAUAUAUAUUAAUGGCGUAGUCGAAAUUUGAAAGUACUUGAAGAUUCCUAAGAAACGCAGGAGAGUCCGAAAAUGUCGUUCUCUGUUUGUUUUGCUAAUAUUUUUUUUUCAGUUAGAAGUAUUUCAUCUGCUAGUCUAAACAUUGGGUAGGGAGUUAACACACAAAAAGGAUGAAGGUCCGAACGUCGGGGUACCCUUUUACUUGGAUUUCUCGGGCAGUUAAAAGUCGGUUAAAAGCUCAUGAGUUUAUGUUAUGUCCAUACUUGUAUACUAUGUUGACUCUUAAUAAAGUUUAUUUAUUAUUAUUUA